AUGGAUGGCGGACGAACUAUAGGCGUGCUCGGUGGCGGCCAACUUGGGCGCAUGUUAGGAGAAGCUGCAUCUCGUUUGAACGUUACAGUACGAUUCCUAGACGCUGGUGAGCAUACGCCAGCGAAGCAAAUAUGCAGUGUGCCUGCAUCCAUCGGGGGUCCCCGCCACGUUGAUGGCAGCUUCGCUGACAAGGCCAAAAUUCACGAGCUUGCUUCGCAGGUGGACAUUUUGACGGUGGAAAUUGAGCACGUUGAUGCAGAUCAGCUCCAAACGGUUCUGGAUGAGGGUCUAGUGCAGGCCGUGCACCCAGCUCCGUCUACGGUGCGCUUGAUCCAGGACAAAUAUGCCCAAAAGAUGCACCUUCAAAAGCAUGGCAUCCCCGUUGUCGAUUCGGUUCACAUUGAACCGAGUAGUAACAUGAAAUCUGCUGUAAAGGACGUGGCCGAAAAGUUGAGCCUGCCGCUCAUGCUCAAGUCUAGGACACAGGCGUAUGAUGGCCGGGGCAACUUUACUCUGAAGUCCGAGGACCAAAUCGAUGCAGCGAUUGAGGCACUGGGAAAUGGUUCACGUCCUCUCUAUGCUGAGAAGUGGGCACCUUUCGAGCGGGAGAUUGCUGUCAUGGUUGUGCGCAGUGUAGAUGGUACGGUCGUAUCGUACCCAGCCGUGGAAACAGUGCACGAAAACAGCAUAUGCCACAGUGUGUACGCCCCGCUUCGCACGCACCAGCCAGAGUUGCCAAAGCGUGCGUGUCAAAUUGCGGAACGUGCGGUUGCCACAUUUGAAGGUGCGGGCAUCUUUGGCGUGGAACUCUUUCUCUUGAAAGACGGCACCAUUUUGUUGAAUGAAAUUGCGCCGCGUCCACACAACAGUGGUCACUAUACGAUGGAUGCAUGCGAGACAAGCCAAUUUGAGAACCACUUGCGAGCUAUUCUUGGGCUCCCUCUCGGCAGCACGGCCCUCAAGGUGCCCAGCGCGGCUAUGCUCAACAUCCUGGGCCUGGCUGACUUGAGCAAGGAUCGGGAUGCCCUGGCCAAGACACUGGCCCCCGUUCUCCGAAGUCUUUCUGUGCCCGGUGCUACUGUGCAUCUAUACGGCAAGAGUGGAUGUCGUCCGGGACGCAAGAUGGGGCAUAUCAACGUUGUGGGACCCAGCGAUGCCCACGUUCGUCAUCGCAUGUCUCAGCUGCUUGACGAACUUGAGCGUGCUCAAAUCGCUGCGCAUGAGUCCAAGCCUUGGGAUGCUGAAGCGGCCAAGAGACGCGCGGCUGUACCUCCUCCUGGUGCGCCCAAAUCGCCGCAAGACUUUUCGCAUCCAGAAGCUCUCGUUGGUAUCAUCAUGGGCUCUGACAGUGACUUGCCCGUCAUGAUGAAUGCCGCUCAGACACUCAAAGACUUUGACGUUCCAUUUGAGCUCACGAUUGUCAGUGCUCACCGCACACCCGAACGCAUGCGUGAAUAUGCCACUAGUGCACGUACGCGUGGCAUCCGUGUGAUUAUUGCUGGUGCUGGUGGUGCCGCUCAUCUUCCUGGCAUGGUGGCAGCGCAAACCUGCCUUCCUGUCAUUGGCGUUCCAGUUAAAGGGAGCUCGCUGGAUGGUGUGGACUCUCUACACAGUAUUGUCCAGAUGCCUCGAGGUGUACCUGUCGCUACGGUGGCCAUCAAUAACAGCAUGAAUGCUGCCCUGCUCGCCAUUCGUAUGCUUGGCACAGGGAUUCCUGCCUACGCUGACAAGAUCGAACGCCAUAUGCACGAUAUGGAGGCAGGUGUCAUGGAAAAGGUCGAACGACUUGAGCACCAGGGCUGGUGGUACGGUUCGCCGGCCAAGUAG